CCAACAGACAUAUAUCAAACCUCAAACCAUCAGAGCCUCUCGUCACCUCAACAACGAAGCCUUCUUCUUCUUCUUCUUCUUCUUCCCUCUCUCUCCUUCCUCUGUUUCCUCGUCCACUGUCUGUUCUCUGCUCCAUUAAUCAUCUGAUUCAGUCCUGAGACAUUCAGCCAUGACUGUCGAGGUCGAGGUCAAGUCCGAGGAAACAACCCAGGUGGCGGAAGUCGUGGUUCCUCAGGACGACCAGCAGCAGCAGCAGCAGGAGGCCAGUGACAAGAAGCUGUCUGCGGCUGUUGGGGAAGAACGGGAGGCUGAAGCAGAUGCGGAGGCGCAGAAGGAGAAUGGAGAUGUCCCCUGCGAGUCUCCGUCGCCGAACAUUGUCGAGAAGAGCUCCUCCUUCAAGGAGGAGAGCAACCACCCCGCCGAUCUCAAAGGGUCGGAGCGGAAGGCCCUGAAUGAGCUCAAGUCGAAGCUCGAGGAAGCCAUCGCGGCGGAAACCCUCUUCAAAAAGGGGGAAGAGGAGGCUGCGGAGGCGGUGGCAGAGGAGGAGAAGGGGGAAGUCUCCCUCUGGGGAGUGCCGCUUUCGCCGAGCAAGGGCUCGGAGGGCACCGACGUGGUCCUGCUGAAGUUCCUGAGAGCCCGGGAUUUCAAGGUCGCCGACGCGUUUGAGAUGCUGAAGAAGACCCUGCAGUGGAGGAGAGACUCCAAGAUCGACGCGAUCCUCGGCGAGGACGUGGCUCCCGAGCUCGCCCCGGCAGCUUACCUGGACGGGACCGAUCGGGAAGGCCACCCCGUGUGCUACAACAUCUACGGAGUCUUCGGCGACGAGGAGAUGUACCAGAAGACGUUCGGGAGCGAGGAGAAGAAGGAGAGGUUCCUGAGGUGGAGGGUCCAGCUGAUGGAGAAGGGAAUCGAGAAGCUCGACCUGAGGCCCGGCGGAGUCUUGUCGUUGCUUCAGAUUAAUGACCUGAAGAACGCCCCCGGACCGACCAAGAAGGAUCUCCGGGCCGCAACAAAGGAGGCUGUUAAUCUCCUACAGGACAAUUAUCCCGAGCUUGUCGCCAGAAACAUAUUCAUUAAUGUUCCAUUCUGGUACUACGCGAUCCAUUCCCUCCUGUCCCCGUUCCUGACUCAGAGGACGAAGAGCAAGUUCGUUUUCGCCCGCCCUGCCAGAGCUACUGAUACGCUUCUUAAGUACAUUCCUGCAGAGGAGAUCCCGGUUCGAUACGGGGGCUUUAAGAGGGAGAAUGACUUGGAGUUCUCGAGCAAGGACGGUGCUGUUUCUGAACUCUCAGUCAAGCCUGGAUCUACUGAAACCAUCGAAAUUCCCAUCUAUGAGGUUGGGAGUACAUUGAUAUGGGACUUGACUGUCCUGGGCUGGGAAGUGAACUACAAGGAGGAAUUCGUGCCGGCGGACGAAGGGUCGUACACCAUCAUAGUGCAGAAGGGAAAGAGAAUGAGCGGGAAUGAAGGUCCCCUACGCAAUACCUUCCAGAACAACGAACCAGGGAAGGUCGUGCUCACAGUCGAGAAUGUCUCCAGCAAGAAGAAGAGGGUUCUUUACAGGCACCAGACCAAGAAGUGCAGCAGCUUCUGAGCGUGAAUUCUCUUAUCUAUCAAAGUUGGUGUGAAGUCUAUUAAAGUUGUUGACAUUCACUGAAGAUUCAUUAUUGAUUGAUUGUUAAGGGCCAUAGACUGUUUAUCAGUGGAUUUUUUGUAUUCAUUUGUUCAUUUUAUGGUUCUUCAAGCAUUUUGGAAGAUGGAUUUUGCAAUACAAUCGAUCGUCAUUUUCUUCCUUCA